AUGGAGGCGAUCGCCAGUCAGAUGGGAAAUGGGAGAGAUGCAAGCUCCUCCCCAAAUUCAAAGCAAGAGCUGCAGCCGUACCAGGGCUCCAAUACCCUCAAGCCCAACCAAGUGGGUGAGACCUCCCUGUACGGCGUGCCCAUCGUGUCCCUGGUCAUCGACGGGCAGGAGCGGCUGUGCCUGGCGCAGAUCUCCAACACGCUGCUCAAGAACUACAGCUACAAUGAGAUCCACAACCGGCGCGUGGCCCUGGGCAUCACCUGCGUGCAGUGCACGCCGGUGCAGCUGGAGAUCCUGCGGCGGGCCGGGGCCAUGCCCAUCUCCUCCCGCCGCUGCGGCAUGAUCACCAAGAGGGAGGCGGAGCGGCUCUGCAAGUCCUUCCUGGGCGAGCACAAGCCGCCCAAGCUGCCCGAGAACUUCGCCUUCGACGUGGUGCACGAGUGCGCCUGGGGCUCCCGGGGCAGCUUCAUCCCGGCGCGCUACAACAGCUCCCGCGCCAAGUGCAUCAAGUGCAGCUACUGCAGCAUGUACUUCUCCCCCAACAAGUUCAUCUUCCACUCCCACCGCACCCCGGACUCCAAGUACACCCAGCCCGACGCCGCCAACUUCAACUCCUGGCGCCGCCACCUCAAGCUUAGCGACAAGACGGCCACGGAGGAGCUGUCGCACGCCUGGGAGGAUGUCAAGGCCAUGUUCAACGGCGGCACCCGCAAGCGGACAUUCUCCCUGCAAGGGGCGGCCGCCGGCGGGCCCGGGGCCGGCUCUCCCGCCGCCAAGGCCGCCCUGCACCCGCCGCCGCCCGCCGGCCCCGAGCUGGCCCCGGCGCACAAGAGCCUCCGGUGCAGCGGGCAGGAGGCGGCGGGCGAGCGCGGCGCGCUGGGGCUGGCGGCGGCGGCGCACGGCGGGGCCGCGGGCGCGCACGGCGGGGCGGGCGCGGUGCGCAGCUACCCGGUGAUCCCGGUGCCCAGCAAGGGCUUCGGGAUGCUGCAGAAGCUGCCGCCGCCGCUCUUCCCGCACCCCUACGGCUUCCCCGCCGCCGCGUUCGGACUGUGCCCCAAGAAGCAGGAGGAGGCGCUGGGCGGCGCGGGGGGCGGCGAGGCGGGCAAGGGCGGCGCGCUGCCCCCCGGCAUGUUCUGGGGACCCCCGCACCCCCAUCCGCACCAGCCGGCCCAGCCGCCGCACCAGCCCGGCGCCGCCAAGGACACCGGCGUGUACCCCUCGUUCCCCGUGUUCUGGCCGGCCGCCGGCAGCCUGCCCGUGCCGCCCUACCCCGCGCAGAGCCCGGCCAAGGCGGCCGCCACCGCCGUGGUGGUGGCGGCGGCGGCGGCGGCGGCAGCGGCGGCGGCCGAGCCGGCGGGGCUGGCGGGGCGGCACGGGGAGUUGGAGGGCUCGGAGCCCUCGGGCAGCGGCCGGAGCAGCGCCACCCCCCAGGAGGGCGCGGGCGCCGAGGGCGAGCGCUGCCCCAGCGCCCUGUCGCGGGCGGCGGGCGAGGAGGAGCGCUCCGGGGACGAGGCGCUGCUGGCCCCGCUGCCGCUGCCCAGGAAGGGCAGCUACCUGUCCGCCUUCCGCCCGGUGGUGAAGGACGCCGAGAGCAUCGCCAAGCUCUACGGCACCCGCGAGGCGUUCGGCGGCGCGGGCCCCCGCGCCCCCGGCUACCUCUCGCCGGACUUCCUCAGCGAGGGCAGCUCCAGCUACCGCUCGCUGUCCCCCGGCGGUGACACGGCCGAGGAGCCCGAGGUGGACGUGGAGUCCAACCGCUUCCCGGAGGACGAGGAGGAGGAAGCCGCCGCCGCGCCCGCCGUGACCCCCGCCGAGGGCCGGGAGCCGCCGCCGCCGCGGCUGCUGGCCGGGCCCGAGGAGCCGCCGCCGCCCGCCGGGGCCGAGGGGCCCGAGGAGAAGACGGGCGAGGCGAGCGCGCAGGAGGGCGGCCAGGCCCCCGACGGCAGCCCCGAGCGCAGCGGCAGCAGCGGCGCCUACGAGGUGUUCGCGCCCGAGAGGGGGGAGCUCCUGCAGCCGCUGAAGCCCGCAGCCUCCCUGGGAGCCCCCGCCGCCUUCCUCUGCACCCCCGAGGCGAAGGAGCAAGAUAAAGAAGACAAUCACUCCGCGGCGGAGGAUUUAGAGAGCAGAAAAUCCUAUCAGGACCAAAGGAAUGUCUCUCAUCCCAGCCCUGUAAAUACCGACAGAGGAGAGGAAGGGCUCGCCAUGGAUGUCACCGGGACGCAGCUGGUGGAGAAGGACAUCGAGAACUUGGCCCGAGAUGAGUUACAAAAACUGGUCCUGGAGCAAAUGGAACUGAGGAAAAAGCUGGAGAGGGACUUCCAGAGCCUGAAAGAUAACUUCCAGGACCAGAUGAAACGGGAGCUGGCGUACCGGGAGGAGAUGGUGCAGCAGCUGCAGAUCGUGCGAGACACGCUGUGCAACGAGCUGGACCAGGAGCGGAAAGCGCGCUACGCCAUCCAGCAGAAGUUGAAAGAGGCUCACGACGCGCUGCACCACUUCUCCUGCAAGAUGCUGACCCCGCGGCACUGCACCGGGAACUGCUCCUUCAAGCCGCCGCUGCUGCCCCAGUGA